UGAAUUAUCGAAGCGAAGCGAGAACACGAUGUAUGUUUCACUUUCGUACGCUGAUUGGUUGAAUAUUACGCUUGUUGUCCAAUCACAGGACAUACAGGACAUGCAUCAUGAUUGGGCACAUUCCGCGUCAGUGAAUGGUACACGACUUACGUCAUAA